AUGGCGUCAAAUAUUCAACGAGCUAGGGCUUCUCGCCAUACCUGGACAGAUGGCGAUCGAAUCGUUCUCGCAUUACUGUACAGAUUGUACGGGAACGAGAAGUCAACGCUUCUGAAGAUAUGGAAUCAUAUCAAUAAGACCAUUCUACUGGCGGAGGGUUUCCCCGACGGGUCAAUGCCAAUCAAUACCCUCGUGACGCAGAGAUACAAUCUCAAGAAGGAGCAGAAUCCCGUGUGGAUGAGAGUCAUGGGUACAGCUCUCAAAGUCUUGCGAACUCGUUACCGCAUCGAGAAGGAUAAAAUCGAGAACGCAGCCCAAGAACUUCACAUCAAGCUCGAGCUGCGAAUUGAGGCUCCGUCCGUCCGAACACCACUAUCAUCAUCAGAUCAAGCUCAAGUCGCUGUCACCCGUGAUGCUUGGAGUCCCUCAACCGUCUCAACCGAAGACGAAUCAACUAGACCGGAACUGCCUAACCCUAAUCGUCCAUCACUACAUCAAUUUGUCUUCAAUCCAAAUGCUGAUAACGUCUCAUUAAAUAACCUGACCGAACCUAUCAUUCAUCGACAACGCAACCAUGUCUUCACGGAGACCCAUAUUCAGAACCCACCAGAUGAUUCGCCACCACCCUUACCUGACCAGCCCCGAACAGCUUCUUUUCGGAGUGUAUUUAUUCCUACCGUCUCCUAUCCCCCUCUUGAGGCCGCGCCACGCACGCCAUCGCCUGAGACGUUUUUGGCCAAUGUCCGCAGCUCCCCAAAGCUUGACUCCAAAUUUAAUAGCGCUGGAACAUAUUCUAAGAAACACCCUGUCCUCUUGUUCCGAGCCCACGAUCCUAAUCUAGGCUUCAAAGCCCGCCGAUUCCAGAACAUUACAGGUGUCAGCAAGCCACCGCGCGUUAAUAGUGCGGCAUUUAAGGCAGAAGUGUUACCACAUCUCCUGAGAGUGCCGACUUAUCAAUCACCUUUCAUCAGUACGACAGAGUUUGCACGGUCUGCACUAAGAAGAAUUAGUCAGGCAGCAACACCAUGCAACUUUGCUGUCUGGUUGUACAACGAUCUUCAUGACGAGGGAGAAAGUCAUCCCACCAGUCGCAUUCGACCACGCUUGGUAAAAACUAUUUGUAGGAAACAUGGGCUGAAUGACUUGCCUAACAAGUAUGAUGGCCGUGGAGAGUUCCUCUUAUGGGGGGAGAUAAGCAGCCCGCCACUUCUCAAUCUAUCAACAAGUGACGCAUUGGAACUGCUAGGCACUUUGAAUAGCAUGGAAGAGUGCACGCCUACGGCGAGUGCAGAGCUUUACCCUUUCCUCAAAGACGUUGACAAAGACUGGCGAGAGACUGUGCUUCGCGCACUUGUUACCUCCUUCAAGAUUCCAGGUUUCAAAUGGCGCUAUCACUCUGUUAGGUGGGAAGCCUUUGCCGAUAUUCUGUUUCCUGAAGAUAGCAAACCUCGCGCUCGCUCAGACCGAGCGACAUCGGUGCUUCCGCAUAUUACAACUCACGAGACACCCUUCUCUACUGGUGCAGGUUAUCUCCUUACGGAAGAUGAUGAGUGUGACGAUAAUGUUGAUGUGUGCGCCCUGAGCGAGUAUUCAACCUACAUCAGAACUCAGCCGGCUCACACUGAGGAUAGUGAGGACACCGGCAAUGCUUCUAUGUCAAUGGGUAUGGAACUUGACGAGCAAAUUGAACAAGAUCUGGAAGAACAGGCCAGCAUUGAUGCUCAGCUCAACUUGGACAUGUACACCUACACAAGAAGCUCAGGUCAUACCGUACCCGUUGCUCUCUCAGCGCUAGAGCCAGGUCCUACACAUACUACACCAGAGUCAGAGCCGACGAGCCAGCCUGAUAAUCUUGAGAUCAACAACACCACGACUGACAACAUGAACACAGCUGUGGCUGUUCAAGAUUUACCUAAGGAGGUUUCGCCAGCUGUCACUCAUGGCCCAAGCUCAGCCAACAGCGGUGCACGAUCGCGAUCCUCAAGUCCAAUCCUGGUGGACCUCACUCUACCGGAACUGCCUGCAACCACCACUCAAACCGAGUCUCAAAACCAGGACGAAGAUGGAGACUGGUACAUGGUCGAGCAUGAUGAUGAAGAUUGCUUCAUCGUCGCAGAGUCCCGCCGCGCCUUGUCUAUCCGCAGCCGAACCGCCAGUGUGAUGGAGACGCCAACAAGACCAAGCCGCUACGCCGGACUUCACGUCGCUAUGUUGGACGACGAUUAA